AUGUCGUGCUACAGCCCGUGCGCGCCGGCUGCCUGCGGCCCAGCCCCGCUUGCCAACAGCUGCAACGAGCCGUGCGUCCUGCGCUGUGCCGACUCCAGCGUUACCAUCCAGCCCUCGCCAGUGCUGGUGACGCUGCCGGGCCCAAUCCUCAGCUCCUUCCCUCAGAGCACCAACGUGGGGUCCAGCGCCUCGGCUGCCGUGGGCAGCUCUCUCAACGCUGCCAGCGUGCCCAUCGCUUCCGGAGGCUCCCUGGGGCACGGGGGCUUUGGCUGGGCCGGGCUGGGCCGGGGCUUCUGCGGGCCUCUGGGACGGGGCAAUCUCUGGUACUGA